CUUGCCGAGCCUUCCGCAAACCCCCAAUCCGAAGUCCCGAACAACACCUCUCCCCAUCCGGCUCCGCCCACCGCCUCCGCCGCCCACCGCGGCAAACCGCCACCAUGGACGAGACCCUCGCCGCAGUCCUCUCCUACCUCCCGUCUCCCGCCGUCUCGUCCUCCACCUACCUCUCCUCCCCCUUCCCCGCCGCCUCCCCCGGCGACGACGAGGAGGAGGACCGCGUCGGCCGCCUUCCCGAUGCGAUCCUCCGCAACAUCAUCUCCCGCCUCCCCACCAAGGAUGCCGCCCGAACCGCCGUGCUCUCCUCCCGCUGGCGCCAUCUCUGGACCUCCAUCCCUCUCUCCCUCGACGACGGCGCCGGCGGGCUCGCCCCCACCACCGCCGCAGCGGCGCUCGCCUCCCACCCGGGCCCCGUCCGCUCCGCGCGCCUCGCCGCCUCGCAGGACCCCGAGGGCGUCGCCUCCGUGUUCGCCUCCCUCGCCGCCAGGGGCGUCGAGGACCUCCUCGUGGUGGUCAACGGCUCCUGGCCCGUCGAGUGGCGCGUCCCCUCCGACGUCCUCGGCUGCGCGGCCCUCGGACGCCUCUGGAUCGGCCUCUGCCAGUUCCCGGACACGACCGGCGUCGCUCCGGCCCUCCUGAGCCUGCAGGAGCUCGGCAUUGUCCAUUCCUCCGUGCCGGACCGCGACCUCCACGCCGUGAUCCCACGCUGCCCGGUGCUCGAGACCCUCGCGUUCGCGCUCACUCAGGACUACCCGAGAUACGUCCACAUCUGGUCGGAGAGCCUCAGCUGCGUGGUGAUUUGGAAGUCGAUGCUCAGAGAGGUGCACCUUGACGAUGCCCCCGACGUGGACCGGCUACUGGUGGAGCCGAUUGCUGAUGCUGCCACGCACAUCAAGAUCAUUAAGGCACCAAAGCUGAAGAUUCUUGGUUACUUUGAUGUUGGACUGCAUCAGCUCAAGAUCGGUAAUACUGUCAUCAAGAUUGAUACAAAGGUGAAGCCAAGCGCAAUGGUUAGGACCCUCAGGACAUUGGCAUUGAAGGUGCAGUUUGGAGUCGAGGAUCAAGUGAAGUUGGUUCCCACCUUGCUCAAAUGCUUCCCAUGCCUAGAGACGUUGUAUAUCACGUCGGUUCCUUCUGACACACCAGUCAAUGUUGACAUAGAAUUCUGGGAUCAAGUUGGCUUCACAGAAUGUGUCUAUUCACAUCUAAAGAAGUUGGUGUUAGAAGCUGUGCGAGGCGAGGAUAGUGAACUGGCAUUUGCAAAGUUUGUCAUGGAAAGAGCUCAAAUGCUGGAGGAUAUGCGUGUCUUAGUGGAUGGCAGUUGUUCAAGAGAUGUUCUGCUAAGUCGUUUAUCUUCGGAAGGGUGUGUGUCUGCAGAUGCUACAGUUGCGGUGGAGAGGUACGAUGGGACUGCAUGGACCUUCCAGAGAGCCAUUGACUUGCUGCAGAGUGAUCCAUUUGGUUGCUGAACCUGUAGGUCUUCCAAUUGCAGUCAAUAGCCACAGAAGACUUCCAACAAAGCAGUAAACUUUGCCCAUUGGGGACCUGCCAGGCCUCAAUGAGAUGAAUCAAGCAACAUGAUCUGCCUGUGCUUUGUAAAGCAUUGUUGUGUUGCUGUCAUGUUGUGUCAGUGCUUGUAAAGGAGCAUUGUCCACUUGUAAAGGAGCAUUGUCCACUUGUAAAGGAGCAUUGUCCAUUUUGGUAAUCCAUUUGAUUCUGAGGAUUUUAAGCGUUUGAGUUCAUCUUGUUGGUGCGUAAUGGAGGCUGCGCUUGGAGCUUCCGCGGAACAUCUGAUCUUUCAGUGAGCGGCCCUAUUGAUUGCUGAAGCCUAGAUGCUAGCUGUUAUGUUUAAGAUAGCCGUGCCAUUUUACUGAACUGGCAACUGCCCCAUUUCAGUAUGUAUCCAUUCGGUUGCAAGGUAUAUUUGGCUUAUGUGCUGUUGUCCUCUCAGAAAGUAAAGUUAUAGCUUUGAACAUGAGAAAAGCUAGUUAGCCCAUGCUACUUGUGUAUUUAGAUCGAUUGCGGUUUAUUUACUUGUGAUGCAAAUUGCAAUGAUGUUUCAUCA